AUGCAGGACAAUGCCAGGUCUAUUGAACAACCCCUGAAGCCUUUAUAUUCCCAACCAUUCAUCGUAUUCUUUGAAGCAUGCUCUCUGUUGAUUGAUAUUCUAUUUUUCACUAUGGUUUCCGUUGUUCUAUUCGCUUUCUCUUUUCUUCCAUCCCACAGUUCCGUUCCUGAGCUACCAAAGACCGCAAAUCAGGGAGCAACCUAUUACGCUUGGAUUAAUACAGCGCUCAUCUUGAUCCUGCCGACGCUGGGCUGUACUGCCGCAUUCUUCGUCACUCUGAGACUUAAAACUGCUGUUUGGGUAGUUGUCUACUAUUUCUGGACUGGAUUGGGUAUCACUGCUGUCUACUAUCGACCAUGGGUACACCGAUCCUAUGAAGCGAUCCACCCGCCCAAGACUUUUCUUGCUUGCUCAAUUCGCUUCUGGAGCAAGCAUCAAGCGCAUCACAGAUGGACUGACGCGGAGAAGGACUCGUACAGUGUUCAUCCACACUACAUGCGGAUGAUCCUGAAGCAGAAUCAUGAGAUACCUGGCCGCAUUGAUAUCUAUAAUUUCACUCUGACUAUCGUAAUGCAAUUGAAUGGUGAAGCUGGGUCUGGUCUCAAACCUCAAGCAGUUCUGCGCCAACAAGAUGGAAAAGGGCCGUACCUAGCGGUUGCGGAAGAAGUGGUUGAGCCGGGUGGUUUCCUUGCAGACGCUGCAAGUAGCAAAGGUCUCAUCGCUAUUGCUGGCAUUUUUCAUGAUGUGUCUGACUUUGUCGAAGGGUAUCCAGGUGGAAAAGUUUCGAUUCGCUCAGUUAUUGGCAAGGAUUCUACUGCCAUGUUUAACAGUGGUGUCUACAACCACUCUAAUGCUGCACACAAUAUCCUCUUCGCCGUGCGUGUGGUAGAUGUCUGGAGGCAGACAAACCCUGAGAAGGACGUUCCAUAUAUUGCCCUGCAAAGUCUUCCAUUAACUGCCAAUGUAGGCCAUAAAUAUCCAGAAUUAGCCCCUGGCCUUGUACUUCUCGGCCAACUUCACCUGGACCACCGCGGCCAGAUCAUUCAGAGUCUCUGCCCUCAAAAUCUCUAG